AUGGAGAUGGAGGCUGAAAUUGAGUCAAAGGAAGAACAAUUACACCUGCGACUGAUCAGUGAACUGAAUGGUGUUGGAGCUGCAUCGUCAUACCAACAGCAGAUUGAUGCACUGUAUAUACCAACUGUUGUGUCUAAGGCUUAUCAGCGCACCGUGGCUUUGGCCUUUGCAGUGAAGGAAAUCAAUGCAAACCCUCAGCUCUUGCCCAAUCUCACCUUGGGCUUCCACAUCUAUGACAGCUACGACAAUGCAGUGAUGACCUAUCAUGCCACAAUGCUACUUACAUCAGCAACAGAGAGACUGAUCCCCAACUAUGCAUGUGACAUCAAGUACAACCUGAUAUCUGUGAUUGGGGGACUGGAUUCCCAUAUUUCCAUAAAUAUAGCAAAUAUCUUGGAUAUCUAUAAGAUUCCACAGACCACCACCUUCCUGUCUUAUGAAGAAGCUUUAGGGUUCAUAUUAGCCUUCCUUGCUCUUGCCUUUUCUUUCAUCACAGCUCUGGUGCUGGCUGUGUUUGUGAAGAACCACAGGACUCCCAUAGUCAAAGCCAACAACCAGAAACUCACCUACACUCUCCUCAUAUCCCUGCUGCUCUGUUUCCUUUGCACACUGCUGUUCAUUGGCCGUCCUGAGAAGGCGACUUGUCUCCUGCGCCAAACCACUUUUGGCAUCAUCUUCUCCCUGGCAGUUUCUUGUGUGCUGGCAAAAACCAUCACCGUGGUGCUGGCUUUCGUGGCCACUGAGCCCGGAUCAAGGAUGCGGAAGUGGGUUGGGAAGGGACUAGCCAACACCAUCAUUCUUCCUUGUUCUCUAGUCCAAGCAGGUAUUUGCACGGUGUGGCUGGCAAGCUUUCCACCAUACCCAGGUGUUGACAUGUACUCAGUGACUGGAGAAAUUGUACUGGAAUGUAAUGAGGGGUCUAUGAGAAUGUUUUACGCAGUACUGGGCUAUAUGGGUUUCCUGGCCAUUGUGAGCUUCGUAGCGGCUUUUCUUGCCCGGAAGUUGCCAGACAGCUUCAAUGAAGCCAAGUUCAUCACUUUCAGCAUGCUGGUCUUCUGCAGUGUUUGGCUCUCCUUUGUUCCAGCCUACUUGAGUUCCAAGAGAAAGUACAUGGUGGCUGUGGAGAUCUUCUCUAUCUUGGCCUCUAGCGCUGGCUUACUGGGUUGUAUCUUUUUCCCAAAAUGUUACAUUAAGGUGCUAAGACCCCAUUUGAACAACAGAGACCAUCUCUUAAGAAGAAAAUACUGAAAAUCCUGUCUUUGUUGUUCUUUUUUAUAUGAGAGAAACGAAAAGAAGGAAACAGCAGCUACAUCUCACAUAAUUGGUACCAGCUUUUUAUUUGUUCCUCCUCUG